UGACAUUACUCAAAUCAAAACAUUACUUUCUCGCAAAAUCUCUGUGAAAAAUUUUAUUUGCAUCAGCUGUGCAUAGGAAUUAGUAGAAAACAGUCUCUACUAUAUAUUUGUUGUAAUAAAAUGCUUUCAGUUUCCACGGAAAAGUACAGCCGCUUAUAAUUAAGUGCUAUUUGGUGCCAGCGGAACAGGCUCUUGCCAUAAGAUGGGUGCUAACGUAUCCCAACUUGAACGUGAUAUCGGGUCCGAUCAGUUCCCCCCUAAUGAGCAUUAUUUCGGUUUAGUUAAUUUUGGCAACACCUGCUAUAGCAACUCAGUCUUGCAAGCGCUCUACUUCUGCAGGCCAUUCCGGGAGAAGGUUCUUGAGUAUAAGGCCAAAAACAAACGCACGAAGGAAACGUUGCUGUCCUGUUUGGCUGACUUGUUCUAUAGUAUAGCUACCCAGAAGAAGAAGGUCGGCUCGAUAGCACCCAAGAAGUUCAUUGCCCGGUUGCGCAAGGAGAAGGAAGAAUUCGACAACUACAUGCAACAGGAUGCGCACGAGUUCUUGAAUUUUCUGAUAAACCACAUAAACGAAAUCAUUCUGGCCGAACGAAAUCAGGCAAAAGGCGCCGGAACAAGCGGCGGUAAAAACGUUAGUGGCAGCAUUGGCGGCGGAAGUCUAAACGGGGACAAUUCCGGCCAGCCACAGGAACCGACCUGGGUGCACGAGAUUUUCCAGGGUAUUUUGACUAGUGAAACCAGAUGUCUAAAUUGCGAAACGGUUAGCAGCAAAGAUGAAAACUUUUUCGAUUUGCAAGUGGAUGUGGAUCAAAAUACGAGCAUAACGCACUGUUUGCGCUGCUUCAGCAAUACCGAAACGCUGUGCAGCGACAACAAGUUCAAGUGCGACAAUUGCUGCAGUUACCAAGAGGCGCAGAAGCGGAUGCGCGUCAAAAAGCUGCCAAUGAUCCUGGCGCUGCAUCUGAAGCGAUUCAAGUAUAUGGAACAAUAUAAUCGCCACAUCAAAGUUUCGCAUCGGGUUGUGUUUCCCCUGGAAUUGAGACUGUUCAACACGUCGGAUGAUGCUGUGAACCCUGAUAGGCUUUAUGAUCUAAUGGCAGUGGUCAUUCAUUGUGGCUCAGGGCCCAAUCGAGGGCACUACAUCAGCAUUGUUAAAAGUCAUGGUUUUUGGUUGCUGUUCGACGAUGACAUGGUUGAUAAAAUCGAGGCCUCAACUAUUGAAGACUUCUAUGGUCUAACAUCUGAUAUACAAAAAUCGUCCGAAACUGGCUAUAUUUUGUUUUAUCAAUCCAGAGAUGCAACCUAAAGCUUGUAAGUAUGAAAGUACUAUUUUAACCUAGAGUCGCAGAAGUAAUUUAUUAUAGAGUAAACCAACCGUAACUUGUUAGCAUACAUACAUUGUGAUGGAGAAAAUCGAUAAUUUUCAUUCCCAAAUUCCUGAUUUUGAAAAAGGCUUAUAAAUUGAUUUGACGAAAAUCAUAGAAUAUCUUGAUAAACCCGACUAGACGAUGUUUUAUCGAUAUUGAGCUUAUAUAAGACGAUCGAGGCAUUUAGUCAAUUUUUAAUUUAUAGCGCAUGUAACGAUAAACACUCUGAAAAUCUCCUGCUAAAUUAUUGUUUCCUUUUGAAAAAAAAAAUACCGGAAAACUAUUUAUUCUCUUGGUUUUGCUGCUCAGUAUCGUGAUGUCUAUCCUUAGAAUUUUUGAUAAAACGUCAAGAGGACAAAAUGUUGAAGCGUUGAAGAUUAAAAAGUUAAGAGGAAAACAACAUAUUUUUGAAAAAGGGUAAAUUUUCACGAAUCAAUUCAUUUUCAACAUUUUGUCAGUUCAACGUUAGUCCUUCAAGAUUAACCUUAAACCGCGUUGCAAUACGAUUAAUUGAAGAAAACCAUUUUUCAAGCUUUUCAGGUCUUUUUUUUCGUUCAAUUCGUUUAUUGGGAGCGCCGUUCAUGAUUACUGAAAUAAGUUGUUAUACACCAUGAGUUGUGGAAUAAAUUUUAGCAAACAAAUAAGUCAAAAUGAUUGACGAAAAUUCCGGUAAUCGUACCUAUAAAUAAACCCAUUGUAAAUGA